AUCUGCUGCUGAAAGCAGCCUCUGUAGCACGGUGCGUGAAGGGUUACGCUGAUAGAGAUCUGCAGGCACAAUGCCUAGAUCGGCAAGGCCAUUUGAGAAGCUGGUGAAGCCACUUCCUGUCCCCACCUUGCCCUUUCCUUGGGGGAAAGUGGGGGUUGCUGCUCUCAGCUUGCAGGGAGAGAUCCUCGGUCUAAUCCGUCUGUGCUUCACCUCGCUGAAGGAAAUGGCCGAAGGGGAGAGGAUAGCCAAUCUGAAAACAGAGGAACAGGAUCCGGCAGGCCCCAGGUUAUGGGAUGGCAUGGAGGAAGGCACAAGCGAAGGCCCACAAGUUAAAAAUUUGGUCGGCGGAGCCAAGUUGGUUUUGAUGCAGGAAGCGUCGCAGCGGGUUAAGCAGGAACCAAGCGAGGGCGUGCUCCAGCAGUGCUGGGAAGGCCAGUGGCAGGCCUUCCUGAAGGCUGUGCGGUCCCCUUGCUUGGGAGGGAUCCACCUGCAGGUGCCCCGGGCUGCACCGAGGGAAGACAUCAAUGAAUGUCAGGUCACUUCUGAGGGAGUGUUCAAAGCUGGCCAGCGGCCCCGAAGAGAAAGCGGCGAUGAGAUUCUGGACUCCUCCGGAGAACAGGUCAAAGUAGAGGUUCUGGACAAGGCCCCCAUUGACUUGGAGGUGCAACGCCGGCAUUUCAGGCAGUUCCGCUAUGAGAAAGCCAAGGGCCCCCGAGAAGUCUUGAGCCGACUCCGGGAGCUUUGUCGCCGGUGGCUGAAGCCGGAGAGACACACCAAGGAGCAGAUCCUGGAGCUGGUGGUUCUGGAGCAGUUCCUGGCCGUCCUGCCCCAGGGGAUACAGGGCCAAGUCAGGGAGCAGGACCCGGAGACCUGCACCCAGGUGGUGGCCCUCGUGGAGGAUUUCCUGAUGAGGCAGGAAGUCCAAGAUGCCAGGAGUUUGGAUCAGCAGGUGCUGAGGCCUUCUGGAGAAACGGCUGCGAAUUCCUGUGAGGCAAGACAGGUUCCUCCCAACUUUUGGAAAGGGCAACUCUGCAGAGCGGCUGGUCAGGUAGAGGACAAAGCUGCAGACUUGACAGGUGACCGGCAAGUGCAUGAGAAGGAGGGGAUUGACCUUCAAAAGGAACGUUCUGAGCAAGUAGAACCAAAUGACGCAACGUUGAGAAGAGAAAAGGGUUUCAGGAAGUACAGGAAGGGAAUAACAUUUGGGAGUCAGCAGGAAGUGGAAAGAGAACCAAAGAGAACUCUAGAGAAAACUGUUUCCUGUCUGGAGGAGAACAAGGAUGGGGAAGAAAACAGGGUCCAGCCUCAUGACAGGCAAACAACCUGUGUGGAUCCCAUGAGAAGCUUCAGGCCCACUCUUAACCAUCAGAGAAUCCCCGGUGGAGAGAAACCCUAUAAGUGUUCUUUCUGCGGGAAUAGCUUCACUCGGACGUGGGACCUCCUGGUACACACGAGGAUCCACACCGGGGAGGCCCCAUAUAAGUGCUCCUACUGUGGGAAAAGCUUCAGCCGCGGUUCACUCUUCAGGGAACACGUGAGAACCCACACGGGUGAGAGGCCCUACAAGUGUUCGCACUGCGGGAAGAGCUUCAACCGGAGACGCUACCUUAUCACUCACGAGAGAAUCCACACGGGGGAGAACCCGCCUCUGUGCCUUUAUUGUGGGAAAAGCUUCUCUCAGAGGGCCAGCCUCAUUGCCCACGAGCGGAGCCACACGGGGGAAAUCCCGUACAAAUGCAGUCACUGCGACAAAAGUUUCUCCCAGAAGUCCAAGCUCGUCAUACAUGAGAGGACCCACACGGGAGAGACUCCCUUCAAGUGCCCUGAGUGUGGGAAAAGCUUCAGCCAAAAGGGGAACCUUAGGACACACAUGAGAAUCCACACCGGAGAGAAGCCUUUCAAGUGCCUGCUUUGCAUGAAAAGCUUCUCUCAGAGGGCCAAACUCCUUGUACACGAAAAAAUGCAUACCGAAGCGAUCAACGUAUAAGUGCAGGCGAUUGGUACAAGGGAGGGGACUACGUAGGUUUUGUAGGAGAAUUGAGGUUAAGACAAAUUUGUGAGAGGAUAAACUGCAUGACUCUGAAUGCCAGUGGUUGGGGAAUGAUUUCGGGGAGCUGUUGUUGCUUUGUCCUCCUUUUGGGCUUCUCAUUGGGUCAUCUGCUUGGCCAUUGUGAGGAACAAGAUUCUCACGAAGAUGGGCCUUUGCUCUGAUCCUACAGGAUUCCUCUUGUGUCAAUUUUGAGCUGGAAAUUUCCCCCAUGAAAAUUUCACCUCCUCCUCCUGGGUGGCAAUAGGUAGAGCACAGGCUGCUCUGGGUGUUUGCUGAAGCACAGCUCCCAUCGUCCCUGGCCAUUGGCUGUGCUGGGUGUUGCUGAUGGGAGCUGGCAUCCCAACAACCCGUGGAAGCUCCUCGCCCAGUCUCCUCGAUCCCCAGCCCCUGAUCUGUUCAACCAAACUGGACUUGAUGGGAGUAUAUUGUGCUCCAGGAGGCUUGGUUUGGUGAGAAUCGAGUGCACACUUCCAGAGUUGACACUGGCUGCCCCAAAGCAUCCUGGGAACUGUCAUUUUAGGACAUUGACAUCUUCUAUGAACCCCCUCACAGAACUACCAUGCCCAUAGUUUUCUGCCAAGAGGGACUGAGUGUUUAAAAUACUCAGGGGAUUGUAGGUCUGCAAACGGGAGGGAAUACCCACACUACACAGUACGACAUUUUGUGGCAGGUGCCACGUCUGGUUUAGCCUCUUAUGGGUAUAGUAGUGUGGUGUGGCUUGUGGGUGUGAGGGGCUGGUAGUCCUCCAGAUGAUAUUUGGACUUCCAGGGCUGGCUCGCCCGGGGUAUUCUGCCGCUGAGGCAAAACAGGUGUGCUGCUGCACCCUCAACGAGUCCUGCCCCACACACCUGCUGAGGGUGACUCCCUGUGUCCCUCACAGAAGACACUGCCAUCUCCAAUGCUGCCAUUCCCCCCCCCCAAGACAAAGGGAAGAAAAUGGGGACUGAAAAGGCUGUGGCGGAGGGGGCACAACGGAGCAGGCCGCAACAGUGGCAGAUCAGAAUGACAAACGCUGCUUUUUCCCCAGUCCAGACACCUCAAACUCUAAUAGCUUUUCUUUCCAUUAACCUGACCACUGGUAUAGUGUAAGUCAGGGAUGGGAAACCCCUGGCGCCCCAGAUGUUGCUGGACUCCAGCUCCCAUCCUCCUUGAUCAUUGGCCAUGGUGGCUGCAGGGGCUGAUGGGAGUUGGAGUCCCAGCACCAUCUUGGGGGCCAAAAGGUUCCGCAGACCCUGAUCUAAAGUGAUUUGGGCUCUGGAAAUGUCAAAGUAAAGCUUCUGCUUCUUAGCGUUCUGCCUCGUUUCUCUAUCCACGAGAUCUAAGGAAGCUGAACGUAGAAAGAUUCGGGGCAUGUAAACGAAAGCACUUGGUCACACACCAUUGGCAAGGGCCGUGUUACCUCAUAAAUUGGCACUCGGGUGGUGCACAGCAAAGAGUUUAAAGCAAAGUUGUUCAACGAAUCACAUUCAUCAAAUAAAUGUGCAUAGAAGAAAAAGAAAUAUUCUAAAGGGAGGAAAGACAAUCUUUGUUCUGAGAUUAUUCAUAUAUAAGAGGCAUUUCAGGAAUGCCUCUCAAAAGAUGGCGCUUGCUGUCUUCCAUUUUUAUAUGCAUGCAUUGAGCAUAAUAAAAGCAUUUAUCUAAACUGGC